AUGCUUGACAGGGCAAACAGUCCUCACCAGGGCCAUGCAGAGGAACAAGAAAAUCGGGAGGACCUUUCCAUCCACCUUGGACCUUUACAUAUGAUGGAGUCCCUGGCCGAAAGCUCUGCUUCUUUGGCUUGGCUGGCGAUCAGAAGAAAUGGCGAAGACCAGGGCAACAGGUUUGCUUCGACGGUGGAUCCAAUGGAUGGGCAAACUACUUUAUCUCUGGGAUCGGCCCACUACACGAACUUCUUUGGUGAUGCUCCGUGGGAGCUUUGUGGCCGUGAAAGCCACGAAGAUCUCAGAUCAAAUAGGAAUACUAGAGGUUUUGUAGUUCUCGGGUUGUUUAGGGUUCUCGCCUAG